AUGAAGCGAAACAAAAUCGGCGUUGAUCAUUUAGACAUAGCACAAACAUCAAAUGCGAGAUCACGAGUAUGGUGUGUAAAACUUCGAACUGGAAAAGUCAUUCGGAACAUGUGUAUAAUGACUAUUGUGGUUUUGAUUGUGACAGCGACAGUCGUGUGGGCAUGUAUUUUCACAAAGAACAUGAAAAAUGCACAAAAAACAACACCAAUCGAAGUAACAUCUACGACAACAACAAUGACAGAAGAGACAACAACGACCAAUACUUUAUCGACAGCAUCCUCCACCACAUCAGUAACCACGACAGAGACCACCUCCACAGCAACAAAAGGAGGCAUUACUAAUCGAAGAUGGAACGAAACGGGCACUGCGGUCGCAGGAGGAAGUCGACGAGGAGAUAGACUAGAUCAAUUAAACAGUCCUUGUAUCAUUCAAAUUGAUAGUGAUGACGAUCGAAUUAUGUAUAUUGUCGAAAGAUUUAAUCAUCGUGUUCUCCGAUGGAGGCAAGGUGAAAACCAAGGUGAAAUUAUUGCUGGCGGUAAUGGCAAGGGAAGCCGACUCGAUCAGUUAGAUCAUCCGACCGAUCAAAUUGUUGACAAGAGUACAAAUUCUCUUAUUAUUUGUGAUUCCGAAAACAGACGAGUGAUACGAUGGUUUAUACAAAAUCCAACUGAUACGCAGCAGCAAAUAAUCCUGUCGAAUUUCGAUUGUUCUGGGCUAGCGAUGGACACCGAUGGAAACAUGUAUGUUUCUGAUUAUAAAAAACGUGAAAUAAAACGAUGGAAAAAAGGAGAGACGAAUGAAACUACUGUAGCAGACGGACCUGGUCUUGGAUAUCAGGUCGAAGGAGGAUAUCUUCCAUUGUAUUUUUUCGUGGAUGAAAAUCAUUCAGUUUAUGUAUGGGAUAACGACAACAAUCGUGUUUUGAAAUGGGCAAAAGAUGCAAAAGACGCGAUUGUUGUUGCUGGUAAAUAUGAUACAGAAGACAUUGUUACACGAGUAUCUGGACGUCAUGGGUUAUUUGUUGAUCGAAACAACAACAUCAUCUAUGCGUGCGAUUUAGUGAAUCACAAAAUUAUCCGUUGGUUAAAUGGAUCGAAAGAUGGUAGUGUUAUCGUUGGUAGAUAUGGACAAGGACGUCAGCCAUGGCAGUUUGGUAUGCCUUCCACUUUAGCGUUCGAUCGACAAGGAAAUCUUUACGUUGCCGACUAUGAUCGUGAGCAAGCUAGAUUAAAACACGGGUUGUUCGACGUGCCUUUUGUAGAUUAUCAACGAGUUUUGGCACAAAUCAAAUUUAAUGGAAAGACCAAACGUUUUCCGUAUCCAUCAACAUCGAUCAAAGACUUUCUAGAUGAGCUACGCGUUGAAUUCGAUUUACCGACAACCGCUGAAUUGAGCUUGUUAGAAGGAGAUGAAGAACUAUCAGUGACAUCGACUUUGAAAAGUCUUGGUAUCGCAAAUGGUUCUGAACUGGUCUUAGCAUCUGCUGUUGAGAACAAUAGUAUCACAGUCAAAGUCCAAACAGUAACUGGACAAAUAUUUGAAUUUCAUUUCGAUCAACAUGCGACUUUAAAAGACCUAUAUUCUGCUAUUCAGGCCAAAGGCGGUUUCACAACAACAUAUCCUCUUCUGUUCAAUCAUCGUAUGCAUAUAUUCCAAUCUCCGAAAAUUUUGACAGAGCCACUAGUCAACUUCUUAUGUUUAACGACUCUCAACCAUCCAAGUAUUCCGCAGUUUUACAUUUUCGAAUGUGAUCGCACGCUUGAAACACGCAUGUAUGAGUAUCAGAAAAAUUUGAAGAGUAUAUUUGUUCAAAAUGAUCUAUGGCAACCUAAAUCUGGACAUCAAAGUGAUAUGGCUAUGAUGAUUUACCUUAAUUCUAUGUAUGCAUUAAUCAGAGUAUUCUUAACCAAGAAAGACGUCGAUUUCGAUAGUGUACAUAAUGUUUACAUGCCACAAUUUCUCAUAGUGCUUCGUCGAUUUCUCUUUCCACCGGCUUGUCUUGCAUUCCAACAUGCCAUGGAAGGAGCGCUAUUCAAGUUCGAAAAGCCUCUAUUAAGCGAAGCCUUCUUUCAUCUAUUUCGAAAUCUGUUACCAAGACGCAUUCCUGAUUCUGACCUGUUCUCCUAUACACCGUAUGUUUUCUGUUGGAUAUUUUGUAAUGGCGACCAUACUUCAACACAAAGUGCGUGCUAUGAAAGUGCCCAACUAUUAACACGUGUGAAUAGUACAACGUGUGCUGGCACUGUAAGAGAAGCAGCAUCAUCCAGAUAUUUUGAGGAGCCUGUUCGAUUGCUCAACGAGAAAGUCGUCAAGGGAGCUCAUGAACGUUUUGUAUUGUGGGAGAAUGCUGAAGCGCGAGCUAAUCCGUUGCUAACAGAAAAUGAUUAUCAACGCCAAACAGAUCUUAUUGCUUUGCUGAUGGCUUUAAAGCAUCUUCAAGCAACGUUGGAAAACAGUAGACGAUCAUCAGAGAAAACUAGUGCAUUCGAAAUGUAUUCAACUGAUUAUACACUGUGGAUACCUGAUAGAGACACAGAUUUAUUUUCAAUUGGUAAUGUUGCUGAACAAAAGCAUCAUUUGAAAUGUUUCACCGACCAUGAUCUAGCGGAAAUCAAACAUCAAUUGUCCACAAAUGAUUUGUAUAGUAUAUUUACAUUUGCUGCUCCAUCAUCGUUGUCCAAAUAUAAUCAUGCGCAAUUCACUCUAUUGAAAUCUGAAAAAGUCGUUUAUACUCUCAGUGCUGCUAAAGGUGGAACUAAUUCAUUUCUCUGCUUCGAUCCGCAAGAAGACGAAGAAAUGUUUAAUAAAAGUGACGCCGCUUCAAACGAACUUCUUGAACAAUAUCCACACAUUGUCGUCAGGGAGAAUGCCGCCGACAUCAGGAAAAUAGAACAAAUCACCUGUAUACUUUUUGAUAUUAGUGGGUCAAUGCAUGUUAUGGUAGGCAACGAAGAUAACAAACACAGCUUAUUAGAAUUAAGUACCAUGGCUUUUGGUGCUUGGCGUGAUCGGUUGGUAUCGUACAGACUGGCACAUGCUAUCGGCCUGAUUUAUUUUGGUGUCGACGAUGAAAUAGAUCGUCUACCUUUGUUUUUCCGACGUGACCUCAAUGCUCGAGUUGUUACGCAGUGUCAUAUCACACGAGACUUCGCUCAAUUCGACAAAGCACUAGAGAAUCGACCCGCCUGUGGUUUCGACACCCCUUUAUAUGAUGCAAUUGACAUCGCUAUACGCCGUAUUCUAUCAUUUCGUGGAGAUCAUCAAUCCAGACUCAGUUCAACGUGCAAAGAUUUGAUACUCUGCUUAACCGACGGCGUUGACACUUGUAGUCGAGUUUCGCAAUCAGCUGUUCUACAAAAUCUAUUGAAAAACAAUAUAGUACUCGAUGCCAUUAGUUUCGAUACAAAACCGAACGAAGUCUUAAUUGACUUUUGUGAAAAAACCAAGGGAUAUUAUUACGUUGAUCUUCAGCAUAAUCAAGAAUCUUUAUUGAAUUUAUUUGAAUUGGAAGCAACUAUAUCAGUUCUAGAUCGGAAAGAGGAUGUCUUUGGUAAAGUCAGCCAACCUCAGCGUCGGCAACCAAUGCUCUUAGAUAAACCGGCUGUUUCAGCGAAACAAGCGAAAAUCAGCGAUGGACGUACAUCAAAUAUAUCGCUGAGACGAGUUAUGCUUGAAAUUAACCAUUUAAAUAAAGUCGAAUUAAAAAAUUUCGAUCUAUUUAUUUCAAAAGAAAAUAUCUUCUUUUGGAAAGUGAUUAUGGAAGGAGAAAUCGGCACACCGUAUUCCGACGGUCGUUGGUUAUUGUUCAUCGAAUUUCCAUCGACCUACCCACAACAGCCACCUAAUGUCCGAUUUAUCACGAAAAUUUAUCAUUGUAACAUUAACGAUGACGGGAAAAUUUGUCAUGACAUAUUAAAUACUGCCUGGUCGCAGAAGACGUCCAUGUAUAACGUUUUCAUGGAAAUAUUACGCUUACUGAGAGAGCCAAAUGCCGAUGAUGCUUUAUCAUCAGUUAAAGGUGCUCAGUGCAAAGAAUCGAGAGAAAAUUAUGACAAUACAGUCAUCGAAUGGAAACGUCUAUAUGCAAAUUUAUCCGUCGAGCAAUUGAAGGUUCAAUAUGCACUUGAACAAAAUUAA